AUGGCAACAACAGAUUUAAUAGCAAAGAUAAUAUUUCAAGAUAGAUCAAUGGUAUUUGCUGAACCAGACAAGGAAGAUAAAUUCAGUGAAUUCGCAGAAUACGCGAGGAAACAAUUUAAUAUUGAUCCCUCACUCGAUUUUUAUCCAAAUCCAAUAACAAAAAAUUUUCGAAACAAAAAGAUAAAAGAUAUCCAAGAUAAAGGCGUUUUAGAAAUCAAUCUUAUUUCAAAAUUUGAACAAAUUGAAGAAACAUCAGAAAGUACAACUUGUGAAGAGAAAUCAUUUUUGUCAGAUAAUACAGACGAAGAUGCGGAACAAAUAAUCAGGGAAUCUCAAUAUUAUAUAGCUGAACAAGAUCCAUAA